AUGGCAGAUAAUGCCGAAGGAUGGCGAUGUUCACUUACACAUGGAACACCCACAGUUUUACUUCCGAGAAAAAGUGGCAAGGCGCACGUUGUAGCGCCCUUCUCACUAGUGGGCCGCGAUCGAUCUUGCGGAAAGAAGAAACAAGUAGUAAUUUCUGUCACAGCUUUCUCAUGGAAGAAAGCAUGGUUUUCAUCAUCAAGAACUUGGUCGGAUUAUUAA